CGCCUCCUUCCGUUCUCGGCCCUCCGUCGUCUCUCUCGGUCGCUUUCCUCACUCCCGGCCGGGCCCAGCCGGCGCCGCGGCGGCUUGGGGCUGCCGGCCAAGAUGGCGGCUUUUGGCAUCCUGAGCUACGAGCACCGGCCGCUGAAGCGGCCGCGGCUGGGCCCGCCCGAUGUCUACCCGCAGGACCCCAAACAGAAGGAGGACGAACUGACUGCUCUGAACGUGAAGCAAGGCUUCAAUAACCAGCCCGCCGUGUCCGGGGAUGAGCACGGCAGCGCCAAAAACGUCAACUUUAACCCGGCCAAGAUCAGCUCCAACUUCAGCAGCAUCAUUGCAGAGAAGCUUCGGUGUAAUACCCUGCCAGACACAGGGAGACGGAAGCCCCAGGUGAAUCAGAAGGACAAUUUCUGGCUGGUCACCGCACGUUCCCAGAGUGCCAUCCACGCCUGGUUCACUGACUUGGCUGGCACCAAACCACUCACACACUUAGCCAAAAAGGUCCCCAUUUUUGGUAAGAAAGAGGAAGUCUUUGGGUACCUGGCCAAGUACACCGUGCCAGUGAUGAGAGCCGCCUGGCUCAUUAAGAUGACUUGCGCCUAUUACUCAGCAUUCUCAGAGACCAAGAUGAAGAAGAAGCAUUCCGUCGACCCUUUCAUAGAGUGGACUCAGAUCAUCACCAAGUAUUUGUGGGAGCAGCUGCAGAAGAUGGCUGAGUUUUACAGGCCAGGGCCUGGGAGCUGUAUUUCUGGCUCAGGGUCCCUCUCCCACGAGUUGGAUACGGCCCUUCGUCAGUGGGACUACAAUGAGAAGUUGGCCAUGUUCAUGUUCCAGGAUGGGAUGCUAGACCGGCAUGAGUUCCUCACUUGGGUCCUUGAGUGUUUUGAGAAAAUCCGACCAGGAGAGGAUGAGCUGCUCAAGCUGCUGCUCCCCCUGCUGCUGAGGUACUCAGGGGAAUUUGUUCAGUCUGCAUACCUCUCUCGACGUCUUGCCUAUUUCUGUACUCGGAGACUGGCCCUGCAGCUGGACGGUGUAAGCGGCCACCCUCCCCACGUGCUUGCUGCUCAGCCCAGCAACACGUUGCCCCCCACCCCUGCUCCUCAACCCCCAACUUGCAGCCAGUCCUCCACACCCUUUGGUGAAUUGCUUCAGUGUCCUCAGCAUCGACCUCUGGUUUUUGGGCUCAGCUGCAUCCUUCAGAGCAUCCUUCUCUGCUGUCCCAGUGCUCUCGUCUGGCACUACUCACUGACUGAUAGUAGGAUUAAGACAGGCUCUCCUCUUGACCACCUGCCUAUUGCACCCUCCAAUUUGCCCAUGCCUGGGGGCAACUCUGCCUUUACUCAACAGGUCCGGGCAAAAUUACGGGAAAUUGAACAACAGAUCAAGGAACGGGGCCAGGCCGUUGAAGUUCGCUGGUCCUUUGAUAAAUGCCAAGAAACAACCGCAGGAUUCACCAUUGGGCGAGUGCUCCACACCUUGGAAGUGCUAGACAGCCACAGCUUUGAACGCUCCGACUUUAGCAAUUCCCUGGAUUCCUUAUGUAAUCGCAUCUUCGGACUAGGGCCCAGUAAAGAUGGCCAUGAGAUCUCCCCAGAUGAUGAUGCUGUGGUGGUGCUGCUGUGUGAAUGGGCUGUCAGCUGUAAACGUUCUGGCCGCCACCGGGCUAUGGUGGUCGCCAAGCUCCUGGAGAAGAGACAGGCGGAGAUCGAGGCAGAGCGCUGUGGAGAGUCGGAGGCUGUGGACGAGAAGGGUUCCAUCUCGUCUGGCUCCUUGUCUGCUCCAACUGCUCCCAUCUUCCAAGAUGUCCUUUUGCAGUUCCUGGACACGCAGGCACCCAUGCUAACUGAUCCCAGAAGUGAGAGUGAGAGGAUAGAGUUCUUCAACCUGGUGCUUCUAUUCUGUGAGCUGAUCCGUCAUGAUGUCUUUUCCCACAACAUCUACACCUGUACCCUCAUCUCCCGAGGGGACCUGGCCUUUGGGGCAUCGGGACCUCGGCCCCCUUCUCCCUUUGAUGAUCCUCCAGAUGACCCUGAGCGAAAGGACACCGAAGGCAGUAGUAGCAGCAAGCUUGAAGACCCGGGACUCUCAGAGUCUAUGGACAUUGACCCUGGCUCCAGUACACUCUUUGAGGACAUGGAGAAGCCAGACUUCUCGAUGUUCUCUCCCACUAUGCACUGUGAGGGGAAAGGCAGCCCAUCCCCUGAGAAAGCAGAUGGCGAUAAAGAGACAAAGCCACUACUGAAGGAGAAAGCUGAGGGGAACUUAGGGGUUCUCUAUGAGCAGCCACGCCAUGUGCAGUAUGCCACACACUUCCCUAUUCCCCAGGAGGAGUCCUGCAGCCAUGAGUGCAACCAGCGCCUGGUGGUCCUGUUCGGGGUGGGAAAGCAGAGAGAUGAUGCCCGCCAUGCCAUCAAGAAGAUUACCAAGGACAUCCUGAAGGUGCUGAAUCGUAAGGGCACCGCUGAAACUGGCGGGGAAGAUGGACAGAAGCGGAGGAGGAGCCGGCCGGAAGCCUUCCCCACAGCGGAGGAUAUAUUCUCCAAGUUUCAGCACCUUUCCCAUUAUGACCAGCACCAAGUCACGGCUCAGGUCUCCCGGAAUGUCCUGGAGCAGAUCACAAGCUUUGCCCUUGGCAUGUCAUACCACCUGCCCUUGGUACAGCACGUACAGUUCAUUUUCGACCUCAUGGAAUAUUCACUCAGCAUCAGUGGCCUCAUCGACUUUGCUAUCCAGCUGCUGAACGAGCUGAGUGUGGUGGAGGCCGAGCUGCUUCUUAAGUCCUCAGACCUGGUGGGCAGUUAUACUACUAGCCUGUGCCUGUGUAUCGUGGCCGUAUUGAGGCACUACCAUGCCUGCCUCAUCCUCAACCAAGAUCAGAUGGCACAGGUCUUUGAAGGCCUUUGCGGGGUAGUAAAGCAUGGCAUGAACCGGUCGGACGGCUCCUCAGCAGAACGCUGCAUCCUGGCCUAUCUCUAUGAUCUGUACACCUCCUGCAGCCACCUAAAGAGCAAGUUUGGGGAGCUCUUCAGUGACUUCUGCUCAAAAGUGAAGAAUACCAUCUACUGCAAUGUGGAACCCUCUGAGUCGAACAUGCGAUGGGCCCCAGAGUUCAUGAUUGACACACUCGAGAACCCAGCAGCACACACCUUCACCUACUAUACCGGCCUGGGCAAAAGCCUCAGUGAGAACCCUGCCAACAGAUACAGCUUUGUCUGCAAUGCCCUCAUGCAUGUCUGCGUGGGCCACCAUGAUCCUGACCGGGUGAAUGACAUUGCCAUCUUGUGUGCUGAACUGACUGGUUACUGUAAAGCCCUGAGUGCGGAAUGGCUUGGGGUGCUGAAGGCCUUAUGCUGCUCUUCUAAUAAUGGCACCUGCGGCUUCAACGACCUGCUCUGCAAUGUGGACGUCAGUGACCUGUCUUUUCAUGACUCCCUUGCCACCUUCGUGGCCAUCCUUAUCGCCCGGCAGUGUCUGCUCCUAGAGGACCUCAUCCGCUGUGCAGCCAUUCCCUCACUGCUCAAUGCUGCUUGCAGCGAACAGGACUCUGAACCAGGUGCCCGUCUAACCUGCCGAAUCUUGCUCCAUCUUUUUAAGACACCUCAACUGAACCCCUGCCAGGCCGAUGGCAAUAAGCCUGCCGUGGGGAUCCGUUCCUCCUGCGAUCGGCACCUGCUGGCCGCCUCCCAGAACCGCAUCGUAGAUGGGGCUGUCUUUGCUGUGCUCAAGGCUGUGUUUGUGCUUGGGGAUGCUGAGCUGAAGGGCUCAGGCUUCGCUCUGGCAGGAGGAGCAGAUGAGCUCCCUGAGGAGGAGGGUGGGGGUGGCCGGAGGCCUGGGGGCCGCAGCUUCUCAGUGGAGACGGCCAGUCUCGAUGUUUAUGCCAAAUAUGUACUCCGGAGCAUCUGCCAGCAGGAGUGGGUAGGAGAGCGCUGCCUCAAGUCCCUGUGCGAAGACAGCAAUGACCUCCAGGAUCCUGUGCUGAGCAGCGCCCAGGCCCAGCGCCUCAUGCAGCUUAUCUGCUACCCACAUCGGCUGCUAGACAACGAGGACGGGGACAAUCCCCAACGACAGCGCAUCAAGCGCAUUCUACAGAAUCUGGACCAGUGGACCAUGCGCCAGUCUUCCCUGGAGCUACAGCUCAUGAUUAAACAGACCCCUAACAACGAGAUGAACUCCCUCCUGGAGAAUAUUGCCAAGGCUACCAUUGAGGUUUUCCAGCAGUCAGCAGAGACGGGUGCAGCUGCAGGAGGCCCUGCUGCCACUGUACCCCCCAGCAACAACAAGGCUAAGCCUGUCCUCAGCUCUCUGGAGCGCUCUGGAGUGUGGCUAGUGGCUCCACUCAUCGCCAAGCUGCCCACCUCUGUGCAGGGCCAUGUGCUGAAGGCUGCCGGGGAAGAGCUAGAGAAGGGGCAGCAUCUGGGCUCUUCCUCCCGGAAGGAGCGAGACAGGCAGAAACAGAAGAGCAUGUCCCUACUGAGCCAGCAGCCCUUCUUGUCUCUGGUGCUGACAUGCCUAAAAGGGCAGGAUGAGCAGCGCGAAGGCCUCCUCACCUCCCUCUACAGCCAGGUACACCAGAUUGUUAACAACUGGCGAGAUGACCAAUACUUGGACAACUGUAAGUCCAAGCAACUGAUGCACGAGGCCCUAAAGCUGCGGCUUAACCUGGUGGGGGGCAUGUUUGACACGGUUCAGAGGAGCACCCAGCAGACAACUGAUUGGGCUAUUCUCCUCCUGGAGAUCAUCAUCAGUGGCACUGUGGAUAUGCAGUCCAACAAUGAGCUCUUCACCACUGUGUUGGAUAUGCUCAGUGUGCUUAUCAAUGGGACAUUGGCCGCAGACAUGUCCAGCAUUUCUCAGGGAAGCAUGGAGGAAAACAAACGGGCAUACAUGAAUUUGGUGAAGAAAUUACAGAAGGAGCUAGGGGAACGCCAAUCUGACAGUCUGGAGAAAGUGCACCAGCUCCUGCCACUGCCCAAGCAGACCCGGGAUGUCAUCACUUGCGAGCCACAGGGCUCCCUCAUUGACACCAAAGGCAAUAAGAUUGCUGGCUUUGAUUCUAUCUUCAAGAAGGAGGGCCUCCAAGUCUCCACCAAACAGAAGAUCUCACCCUGGGAUAUGUUCGAAGGGCUGAAGCCAUCAGCACCACUGUCCUGGGGCUGGUUUGGGACUGUACGAGUGGAUCGGCGGGUGGCCAGGGGAGAAGAACAACAGCGCCUCUUGCUGUACCACACCCACCUGCGACCUCGGCCCCGGACCUACUACCUGGAACCAUUGCCACUGCCCCCAGAAGAUGAAGAACCACCUGCCCCUACUCUCCUGGAGCCAGAGAAGAAGGCGCCUGAGCCCCCCAAAGCUGACAAGGCUGGGGCAGCUCCCCCUAGCACAGAGGAACGCAAGAAGAAGCCUCCCAAAAGCAAGAAACGUCCCCAGGCAGCCAGCAAGACCGAGGACUAUGGCCUGGGCCCAGGGCGGAGUGGCUCCUUUGUUCCAGUGCCCACAGACCUCCUCCAUCACACCUCUGGCAGCUCUAUAUCUCGCUUUGGCUACCCACAGACACCUGUGACACUCUACACACAGAACCAACCUCUGCCUGCGGGGGGCCCUCGCUUGGAUACCACAUAUCGCCCAGUGAGGAUGCCAGUGCCCAAGAUCCAGACUAGACCGUCAUACCCUGGGGUGUUAUCUUCACCUAUAACCGGAGUCAUAAUUGACCCUUCCUACAAGACUCCUGUGUACCGACAGCAGCAGCCCCCGGUGCCACAGGGCCAACUCCUACGCCAACAGCUCCAAGCCAAGCUGAGUCAGGGGAUGUUAGGCCAACCACCUGUCCGACAGAUGAACCCAAAUUCCUCCUAUGGUUCACUGCAGGCUUCCCAGGGCUAUACUCCUUAUGGUUCCCACAUUGGACUACAACAGCACACUGGCCCAGCAGGCACAAUGGUGCCCCCCAGCUACUCUGGCCAGCCCUAUCAGAGUCCCCAUCCUGCUGCCAACCCUACUCUCGUGGAUCCCACACGCCAUCUCCAGCAGAGGCCCAGUGGCUAUGUGCACCAGCAGGCCCCAGGCUAUGGACAUGGGCUGCCCACCACUCAAAGGUUCACCCACCAGUCACUCCAGCAGACACCCAUGAUGGGGACCAUGACCCCCUUGAGUGCUCAGGGGGUUCCUGCUGGUGUCCGCCCCAGUCCCAUCCUGCCUGAGCAGCAGCAGCAGCAGCAACAGCAGCAGCAGCAGCAGCAGCAGCAACAGCAGCAAUACCACAUUCGGCAGCAGCAGCAGCAACAGCAGCUCCUGAGGCAGCAGCAGCAGCAGCAGCAGCAGCAGCAGCAGCAGCAGCAGCAGCAGCAGCAGCAGCAGCAGCAGCAGCAGCAACCACCACCAAUACCUGCAAAUGGGCAGCAGGCCAACAGUCAGAAUGAAGGCCUGACUAUUGAUCUGAAGAAUUUUAGGAAGCCAGGGGAAAAGACUUUCACCCAGCGGAGCCGCCUCUUUGUGGGAAAUCUCCCUCCUGACAUCACUGAAGAGGAGAUGAGGAAACUGUUUGAGAAAUAUGGGAAGGCAGGCGAGGUGUUCAUACACAAGGACAAAGGAUUUGGCUUUAUCCGCCUGGAAACCCGAACUCUAGCUGAAAUUGCUAAGGUCGAACUGGACAACAUGCCCUUACGUGGAAAGCAGUUGCGAGUGCGCUUUGCAUGCCAUAGCGCAUCCCUGACUGUUAGGAACCUGCCACAGUUCGUGUCCAAUGAACUGUUGGAGGAAGCUUUCUCUGUCUUUGGCCAGGUGGAGAGAGCUGUAGUGAUUGUGGAUGAUCGAGGGAGGCCUUCAGGGAAAGGCAUUGUGGAAUUCUCAGGGAAGCCAGCUGCGAGAAAAGCUCUGGACAGAUGCAGUGAAGGGUCCUUCCUUCUGACCACAUUUCCUAGGCCUGUAACUGUGGAGCCGAUGGACCAACUGGAUGAUGAAGAAGGUCUCCCAGAGAAAUUGGUCAUCAAGAACCAACAAUUUCACAAGGAACGAGAGCAGCCACCUCGAUUUGCCCAGCCUGGUUCCUUUGAGUAUGAGUAUGCCAUGCGUUGGAAAGCGCUGAUUGAGAUGGAGAAGCAGCAACAAGACCAAGUAGACCGAAACAUCAAGGAAGCCAGGGAGAAGCUGGAGAUGGAGAUGGAGGCGGCUCGCCAUGAGCACCAGGUCAUGUUGAUGAGGCAGGAUCUGAUGAGACGUCAGGAAGAGCUCCGAAGGAUGGAGGAACUUCAUAACCAGGAAGUGCAGAAACGAAAGCAAAUGGAACUCAGGCAGGAGGAGGAACGCAGGCGUCGUGAGGAGGAGAUGAGGCGACAGCAGGAAGAAAUGAUGCGGCGUCAGCAAGAGGGUUUCAAAGGAAACUUCCCUGAUGCGAGAGAGCAGGAGAUGCGGAUGGGCCAGAUGGGUAUAGGAGGUGCUAUGGGCUUAAACAACAGAGGAUCCUUGGGAGGUGCUAAUGUGCCAGCUGGUGCCCCUAGUGCUCCAGGGCCUGGUCCAAUGAUGCCAGAUGGAACCAUGGGAAUGACCCCACCACCCAGUGACCGCUUUGGCCAGGGUGGCACAAUGGAAGGACUUGGGGCAAUGGGUGCAAACCCUCCCGCAUUCAACCGAGGAACUCCCGGAGGGGACUUUGGCCCAAACAAACGUCGCAGAUACUAAGAGAGUCACAGUGGCGAUUUCCCCCUGACCCUACAGACAAGGACCCUUUUUGGACUAGCCAGGAUUCUGCCUUAGAGGGUGUUGGGGCUCUGCUCCUCCUACUAGUUAGGCCUCCCCACUUGAACUACUCUAGGUAGGAAAUGUGCUGAGGGAAGAGAGGGAUUGGGGAGGGGCAUUUAGUGAAUCAGUUAUAUGUGGUGCAUUCCUAAAACUUAAAUGUGAAGGCUACCGAGGGGCUGGGGGAGGCCACAAGGCCGAAAGGCUCUAUCCCUGUCCCCCUUGACCAUUCCACCUUUGUCCCUUCACUCCCUCAGUAACUUAGACACAAUCCUGGUUAGGACCUCAGGUGUGUAUCCAGGAAGUUCAGGCAACGAUACCAGUAGAAGACCCUUUCUUCUUCCUCACCUAGUGUUCCUCUUAUGUCCUGAAAAGGUUUUGUUAUGUGCUUUUAGGUUUCAAUUACGUGUUUUGUUUUGUUGUUUUUGUUUUUUUUUUAACUUUUCUCUUUCUUGGAUGGGGAGGCAGCCCAGAAUGGAGGAGUUUGUAGCCUCCCUCUGGGAGGUGCUGGGGUGUCAUUGUACACACCCUCUCUUGUUGGUCUAAGUUCUAGCUUGGGGGCAGGGGCUGCUGGGUGCUGGUGCUCUCUUAUCCAUGCCUGUAGCUCUCAAGGCUUGCCUGUCUUUAGCUGUUGCUGCAUAAGUUUCACUGGUGUAUGUGAUGUUGGGCCCUCUCACAGUCUGGAGUUGAUUUGAGAAUUGAGACAGGAAUGCAGCAGAAACAUUAAUUAAAAACAGAUUUUAAGCCUU